AUGCAAGUCCCAGUUGCUGCCGUUCUGAACGCAAAUACCAAGAGGGAUACAGGGAAGAAAGCACAACAUGGAAAUAUCGCUGCAGCAAAGGCCGUUGCUGAUAUUGUGCGUACCACGCUGGGUCCACGUGCUAUGCUAAAGAUGUUGCUGGACGCCAGUGGAGGGAUAAUCUUGACGAAUGACGGCAAUGCUAUUCUUAGGGAGAUUGAUGUCGCCCACCCUGCAGCAAAGUCCAUCAUUGAGCUGAGCAGGACACAGGACGAAGAAGUGGGGGAUGGCACAACAUCUGUGAUUAUCCUGGCUGGAGAGAUGCUGCAUGUAGCGGAGCCCUUUCUGGAGCGCAACCUGCACCCCACAGUCAUCAUCCGCGGCUACGUCAAGGCGCUGGAGGACGCCCUGUCAAUUGUGGAUGAGCUGGCGUUUCCCAUUGACACCAAUGACCGGGAGCAGAUGCUCAAGAUUAUUGCUUCAUGCAUAGGGACCAAAUUCACCUCACGCUUUGGUACUCUCAUGCCGGAGCUUGCGCUUGAUGCGGUGAGCACGGUGGCUGUGAACGAGCCGGGCAGCAAGCGGGAAAUCGACAUCAAGAAGUAUGCCAAGAUAGAGAAGCUGCCCGGCGGUUCCAUAGAGGACUGCCGCGUGCUCAGCGGCGUGAUGUUCCAGAAGGAUGUGGUGGCGCCCGGGCGCAUGCGCAGAAAGAUUCACAACCCGCGCGUGCUGCUGCUGGACUGCCCCCUCGAAUACAAGAAGGGUGAAAAUCAAACAAACGUGGAGCUCUCCAGGGAGGAGGACUGGGCCGCGCUGCUCAAGCUGGAGGAGGAGUACAUAGAGCGGCAAUGCCAGGAAAUUGUCAAGCACAAGCCAGACCUGGUGGUCACAGAGAAGGGUCUGAGCGAUCUGGCCAUGCACUUCCUCACCAAGGCGGGCAUUUCUGCCAUUCGUCGCCUGCGCAAAACCGACAACAACCGCAUCGCUCGCGCCACCGGCGCCACCAUCGUGCACAGAGUGGAGGAGAUUCGGGACACGGACAUCGGAACGCGGGCGGGCCUGUUUGAAGUGCUUAAGAUUGGGGACGAGUUCUACAGCUUCCUGGUGGACUGCAAGGACCCCAAGGCUUGCACAAUCCUGCUCAGGGGGGCCUCCAAGGACGUCCUCAACGAGGUGGAGCGCAACCUGCACGAUGCGAUGGGAGUGGCGCGCAACGUUCUGAUGGACCCGCGCCUGGUGCCGGGCGGGGGCGCUGUGGAGAUGGCCAUCUCUCGCGGCCUGGCCGACCGCGCCGCCUCCCUCCAAGGCGCCGAGCAGGGACCGUACAAGGCCGUGGGGGCAGCGCUGGAGGUCAUCCCACGCACGCUCGCCCAGAACUGCGGCGCCAAUGUGAUCCGCACGCUGACCAAGCUGCGCGCCAAGCAUGUUGAAAAGGCCAAUUCCACCUUUGGCAUCGAUGGCAACAAAGGCGUCAUUGUGGACAUGAAGGAGUUGGGAGUGUGGGAGCCAUUUGAGGUGAAGGUGCAGACCAUCAAGACGGCUGUGGAGAGUGCCACACUGCUGCUGCGCAUCGACGACAUCGUGAGCGGCAUGCAGAAGAAGAACAAGAUGGCCCCCGGACAGAGCCAGGCGCCCCAGGUCGAAGACCCUGACGCGGUUGACUCGGAGCAGAUGAUUCAAGAGUGA